GCAGCAGCUCKCGACCCGCCCUGAGCGGACACGUCAGCGGGAACACGCAGCGACUGACAGAUUGUGCGCCCAGGGUAGCGGUUUGUUGAUAGUCGAGGUCGCUGAACUUUGCCUCGCUGGAUGGUGUGUGUCCAUUUGCAUGUCCCGCAGCGUGUCGCCCCGCCGCCUUGUCUCGCAGGAGUUUUUUUUUUGUUUUUGUUUAGUUUUUUUCCUGUAAGGAAUUGUCAAGUCAAACCAAGGUGAGAGAGGGGCUUGUGUUGUGCCACUGCCGUUGCACAAUGCUCGCUGCUCUGCAUGCGCUCUGAGCUGAGACGACGUGUUGAGAAAAGCUUCUGGUGGUCACUGUAGGGUAACAUCAUGACAGGGGACGCAGUGGUUUUGAGGGGUCUGAGCUGGAUAAAGCAGGCAGCUAGCAGAGGCAGCCUGAGCAGCCCCAACAACCACAGGCUGACGUUCAACAAGCAGAUGGACUGCAGCGUCCUCAGAGCCUCGCCGGCUCAAUUCCUCAGAUACUCCACCGUGGGGUCGUACCUCAGCUCCUGCUUGGCCGGAGGGCUGAGCAACACUCACGGGGCCUGCGGCGGAAGACCCGGUGCUGGACACACCAGGUACCGCAGGAGCUGGUCGGGUCAGCUGUACACUGGACACACGCGGCUCUUUAACCAGGACAACUCCACAGUGGGGCGGCUGACGGCGGAGGACAUUGAAAAAGCAAGAAGCGUCAAGAAAACCGAAGCGAAGCAGUAUAAACAAGCGCUGAGUGAAAACGCUCGGGAGAGGAAAGUGCCGGUCACACGGAUAGGAAGGCUGGUCAAUUUUGGAAGUCUGGCGGUCGGACUCGGCAUCGGAGCGAUCGCGGACAUGGCUAAAAAGAGUUUCAAGCUCAAACAACCAGGGAACAAAAAGGCCGUCCUGGACUCGAAUCCCUUCCUCUCUGAGGCAAAUGCUGAAAGAAUUGUUCGGACACUUUGCAAAGUUCGAGGAGCGGCUUUGAAAAUGGGCCAAAUGCUCAGCAUUCAAGACGACGCCUUUAUCAAUCCUGAGCUGGCUAAGAUUUUCGAGCGGGUCCGACAGAGCGCAGACUUCAUGCCCACUAAACAGAUGAUGAAAAUCAUCACUAACGAUCUGGGCCCGAACUGGAGGGACAGCCUGGAGUACUUCGAAGAGAAGCCGUUUGCGGCCGCUUCCAUCGGUCAGGUUCACUUCGGGAGGCUGAAGGACGGCAGAGAGGUGGCCAUGAAGAUUCAGUACCCGGGAAUCGCCAAGAGCAUAAAGAGCGACGUGAAUAACAUCAUGACUGCACUGAGUUUAAGCAACGCUCUGCCUGAAGGUUUGUUUCCAGAACAUCUUAUUGAGGUCAUGAGUCGUGAGCUAGCUUGGGAGUGUGAUUACAUAAGGGAGGCAAACUGUGCCAGAAAGUUUCAGCAGCUGCUGAAGGAUCACCCGUUUUUCCACGUGCCCGAUGUGAUCGACGAGCUCAGCAGGGAGCGGGUCCUCACCACGACGUUGGUGUCCGGUUUCCCGCUGGACAAGGCCACAGACCUUCCUCAGGAGCUCAGGAAUGAGAUCGGUCAGCAGAUCCUGAUUUUAUGCCUCAGGGAGCUGUUUGAGUUCAGAUUCAUGCAGACCGAUCCAAACUGGUCCAACUUCUUCUACGACCCACAGAUCCAUAAGGUCGCGCUGUUGGACUUUGGAGCUACAAGAGGAUUUGACAAGAAAUUCACCGACAUGUACAUCGAGAUCAUUAAUGCAGCUGCGGAUCAGAACCGAGAAGGCGUCCUGCUCCGAUCCAGAGACAUGAAGUUCCUCACAGGAUAUGAGACAAAGUCGAUGGAGAACGCCCACGUGGACGCCGUGAUGAUCCUCGGCGAGGCCUUCAGCUCCCAGGAGCCGUUCGACUUCGGCGAGCAGAGCACCACGGAGCGCAUCCACAGGCUCAUCCCCUUGAUGCUGCGGGAGCGCCUGACGCCGCCGCCGGAGGAGACCUACUCCCUCCACAGGAAGAUGGGCGGCUCCUUCCUCAUCUGCUCCAAGCUGAAAGCCAGGAUCUCCUGCAAGAACAUGUUCCAGGAGGCGUACAGGAACUACUGGAAGGACGGACGCCCCCAAUCUGAACAGUGAAGACUUGUGUUCCAUCGGGAUUAUCUUGAAUUAUUAGCUUAUUUUUUUGUAUCAUGUUGGAACAAUUGGGGAGGGGGGCAAGUUUCCUUUUUAUUCUUUUGCAACUGUUACAUGGUGGGGGGAAAAAAAACUGAACAAAAUGUAUGUCCAAUAGCAGCUAUAGUUGUCUUAAUCGAGUGUUUGUUUUGACUAUAGGGACUAACGCCAUCUUUAAUCUCCAUAAGGAUUGAAUAGUUUGUACAUGUCCUUUAAGCCAAUCUGAUGUUUGUACUGUAUGACCUCUGUAUUAUGUGUCUUGAGGGACUACACUCCACCUGAUCUGAACAGUUAUAGAGAAUAAACUAAUUAUCAUGAUGAAAAAGCACGACACAACCCCCCCACCCCAAGUAUACCAAAAAAAUAUGCACGGCGACACCUGAUCGAUUAAGAUCUUUAGCCUUUUAUUGUGGCAAACCCAGUGUUUGAAUUGUUCUGCUAUAUCUGAGGAAAAGCAGCAGAGAUGUGUAAAUCUCAAACAAAUAUUUUAUGUACAUUUAAAAAACUCUCCUUAGCCCUAAGGUAAGAAUAUAAAGUUGAUUUCUGCGGUGCCUUAUGGUUGAGUGAGUGGAACUCACCGUUUUCUUUUUAUACCGAGUCCUGAGGGUUUUCUCAGCUGCUGCCUCCUCAUAGUGGGUUUGUUUACGCCUGCCAUGAUGGUGGAAAGAAUCACUUGUUCUUUAACAGAAACGCUCCUGAACAGUCGGUCAAUAAUGCUUCGUUUCGCUUAUAUUUUCCCUUCGGUCUUCCUCUUUCUGCACCCCGCCCCUGACUCACUUGCAGAAUAUAAAAAAGGAAGUAGUAUUUCUGUCUGAAUGUCGCUUUAACAUGUUUUAAUGCAUUGCAGAUGUUUCAUUUAACCCUUCAGAGUCCAGCAGACAUGUUCAGCUCUUUGUCACAUUCCUGCUUUUUUCUGAAGAGUUUCACCACGAAUACAGCCGUUACCUCCCACGAGAUCUCAGUGAAAAGUGUGAAUACUUUUGUAGUUUUCAUUUUUAAUAAAUACGCAAAAUGUUUA